GAGCGCGCAGCUGCAGCUCGAGCGAUUGCUGAAGGGGAGUGUCCUCGAGCCAGGGAACGAGUUCCAGCUAGCCCGCCCGGUGUUAACACCAUGAACAACAAGUUCGAUGCUUUAAAGGAUGAUGACAGUGGUGAUCAAGAUCAAAAUGAGGACACCCACACACAGAAAGAGAGUGAGAAGGAAAAGAUGGACAAGGAAAAGACACAAAAUAGUACCAAACGAAAGGCAGUGGUCCCUGGUCCAGGAGAACACCCACUACAGUACAACUAUACAUUCUGGUAUUCCAGACGUACACCAGGGCGACCAACCAGCUCUCAAAGUUAUGAACAGAAUGUUAAACAGAUUGGAACAUUUGCAUCUGUUGAACAGUUCUGGAGGUUUUAUAGCCAUUUAGUUCGACCUGGUGAUCUCACAGGGCAUAGUGACUUUCACCUGUUCAAGGAUGGCAUUAAGCCGAUGUGGGAGGACGAAGCUAAUAAGAAUGGUGGAAAGUGGAUAAUCCGUUUGCGGAAAGGACUAGCAUCACGUUGCUGGGAGAACUUGAUUUUGGCAAUGCUGGGUGAGCAGUUCAUGGUUGGUGAGGAGAUAUGUGGAGCUGUUGUUUCAGUUCGAUUUCAGGAAGACAUUAUCUCAAUAUGGAAUAAAACAGCCAGUGACCAAGCUACUACUGCUCGCAUACGAGACACAUUACGACGUGUCCUGAACUUACCACCUAAUACUAUCAUGGAAUACAAGACACACACCGACAGUAUCAAAGACAAUUCAAGCUUUCGAAAUACGAAAAUCACCUUAUGAAAUCUUCGUUGCAGUCCAUUUGUUUAGUCGGAAGCUAUAUCCUGCUUCAUUCUGGAGGAACACCAAGUUUUUUUAAAACAAAAUUGGAACGGGCUGAUGUUCAGUGUCAAUCCCAAUCAGGACGUCUUUAUUUCAGGAAAGAGUUACUCUGUCAUUGGUCAUAUUAGUUGUUCUGACCUAAUCAGAUUUUUAUUUUUUAAGUUGUUGAUUCUGUUGUGCUCGUGUCUCCCAUUUCUAAAAUGUUCUGGAUACUUCUGUUUUGAAAUAUGUGAAUAUUGUAAAUGUCUGUGUUCCUGGGUAAAGUAUUAAACAUGGAGACAAUGGCUAGAAUUUAAUGUCCUUCCUUAUGGUGUAUUUUGGGGGUAGGGCAUUUAAUCAGGUGGAUGGGUAGUGGGUGGGGAUACAGUUGCCUUCCUGCUUCUACCCAGAUCAAGUCUAUGACGAGAAAAUAGUGCCCAAUUUAAGGGUCUCAUCACACCAUUGCUGGUAUUAACACAGCAGCAAAUGGAGGACUCGCCAUGUGUAUUUCAUUCAAAGACUGUCCAUGCUAGAUUGGGGAUCUUACAUGAGGAAGGACGUAGUAUGAGAAGAACUAAUACUAAAGUCCUGGAUGGAUGCUGUAUCUGUAGCAACCACUGCCUAUAGUGCUAGCAUACAGUAUAGUUACUGGUCUCUGACCAGCUUGCAGAGAACUUUCACCUCCAGAAUAUCUUGUUGUGGCAAAGGCCUAUUAGGGUACAGUAAAGAGCAUGAGUGGCACCUAAUUCACUGAAUAUCCUUUUAAAAAGGCACCAUUGAACUCUCACUGGCUCUCUAGCUGGCAGGCAAGACUCCUCUCGCCUCAUCCAAAAAUCACCCAAUUAAUCUGCGUGCUGGCUGUAUAUAAAUUAUUGGUUUCACCUGACUUGAUGCAUUUUCAUCUCAUUCUCUGAUUUUCUAAUUUAUUUUCUUUUUUUUAACAUAUUUAUCCUCUGUUCUUUUGCUUUUAUGGAGUAAUGCUACACCUUUGUAAACAGUCUUUUAUUUGAAGAUGUAAAUGUUUGAAUAGGAAUCAAAACUUCACAUUAUUUGUCUGCU